UUGUUGGGAGCGCAGAAAAUAGUUGGAAGUGGCGGUUUUUGCAUUAAAAUCGUUCAUAUUCUCGUUUUCGUUCAAAUCGUAUUAUAAUCAGAUAAAAUGGAUACAGAAAAAGUGGAAUACGAAUUGCAGCAUUUUAACUUCUGCUCGGAUGACAUUAUUUCUGAGAAUCGGCAGUUAGUGAAGUUCGUCAUCCAGAGUACAUUCUUGUCAUUUUCAAAAGAGUUUAUCAAAAAGCACAAAGUGCCUGAAAAAGACGCCAAGGCAAUGCUUGCCAAUUGUUAUACGACUAGCCUUCAAAUGUUUGUCGAAUGUGGCCCCAAACUAGAUGAAAUAAGUCAGCUUUACAAAAGCACUUUUACGAUUCCCGAUUCCAUACUGCUGCCAUCGGAUUUGAUGCACCGAAAGGACUACAGUGCGGAACAAGUCGAAUUACUGCAAACCAAAGUUAAGGAAUUGGAACAGCAAAUCCGACAGGAUGGUGUUUUUCUGUCCAUGUUGGAGGAGGAGAUUAAGCUGCAUGACCGGUUGGCUUCCUGUAUCGAGGACGAAGUAAACCUGAUGAAUCUGGUCGACCAUCACCGACAGCUGGAAAUCGUUCCAGCGGAGGAUUGUGCGGUUGUACAAGAUCUGGCUGAUGUUAUGAAGGAUGUAAUGAGGAUGAAGUAGAAAAGGUACGUUGUUUGUGCCUAAUGUUAUUUACGAACUCGUUAGAUGUUAAAGGUAAUAGUUAACUAAGAAAAUUAAAUAGAAUAAUUGCAUGUCAAGCUGAUCAAACAAGUUUAAAAUGCUCGGAUGAG